AAUCUAAAAAUAUGAAGAAGCUUUUCGCACAUGAGCAGCUGUGGAGGAGGAGGAAUCGAUGGGGCUUCCUCUUUGGUGACACACAAAAAAAGAAAAAGAAAAAGCAUAAAAAAGCAGAGCCAGAUACACAGAAGGCAAACCUGAAGAGCACCAGCAUGAGGAUUUCUGGCCAAUAAAGCCCUGGAUCUACCAUGUCUGGCCUAAUUCAAGCUUUCCCAGCGCAUUUCAGCAUGGACAGAGACGAUUGCAGGAGAAACAAGACCUUAGGAAAGAACCUCAUGUGCCGAUUAAAGUCAAUGUUCGCCGGUUCGUCCGCUCCGGAGAGGCUAAGUUUAGAAGACACCCAACAAUGGUCUCAGUCUCUGGAGCGACUCCUCGGGUCCAAAUAUGGCCUGGCAACUUUCCGCACCUUUCUGAAAUCAGAGUUUAGCGAUGAAAAUAUCGAAUUCUGGUUGACCUGCGAGGAUUAUAAGACGAUCACAUCAUCCCAUAAGAUGAGCUCUAAGGCCAGGAAGAUCUUUGAACAGUUUGUUGAAGCAGAGUCUCCGAAAGAGAUAAACAUCGAUUAUCAGACCCGCGAGGAAAUCAAGAGGAAAAUGAAGAGUCCAACUGCACAAUGUUUCGACGAGGCUCAAAAGAUUGUCUACGGACUGAUGGAGCGGGACUCUUACCCUAGAUUUCUAAGAUCUGAGAUGUACAAAAGCCUCCUGGAGACGAUUGCGGCAGACGAUGAAGCGGGAUGACUGUGUGGAUGUAUCAAAAACACUGUACAAAAACUGGAAAGGUCUGGUCUUCCGUCUCGUGGACAGGACCAGAACCACUAAAAAUUGAGCCCCUUGAGACCCUAAAACAACCAAUAAGGAGACAGUAUGGAGCAAUGGUUGGACAUAUGCCAUUGAUAUCAAAGGAAAUUGAGAAGUCUGACCAGUUCCUCAAAUGAAGGUGCUUCCUGUGUAGAUAAAAGCCAGCUCAUCCGGUGGUUUCUAAAGCUACAUAUUUGGGCAAAACACUUUGGGCAUAACACUAUUGUCUUUUUCCGGCACUUCCAGAAUUUCUUCAAGAUCUGCUUUGCCAUGUGGCAGUUUUUGUAGCUCACAUAGAGCAGGGGUGGCCAACCCUGUUCCUGGAGAGCCACCUUCCAACAGAUUUCAGUUAAUACCCAUAUCAAACACACCUGAACCAAUUAAUUAGGAACUGAACACCACAUGAUAAUUACACGCAGGUGUGUAUGAUAUGUUUUGCAACUGAAAUCUGCAGGAAGGUGGCUCUCCAGGAACAGGGUUGGCCACCCCUGUAGUAGAGCAUGGCAUUUAUAACGGCAAAAGUUGUGGGUUUGAUUGCUAGGGAAAGCAAGGAAUGAUCAAUUUUAUACCUUUACUUUAAAAAAUGCUGUGUUUUUCAAUCCAAUGCUGCAUCCUAAUUUGCAUACUUAUACUAUGUUCGUAAAGUAUGCACUGUAGCAUUUUUUGUGAUGAAAAAUUUAUACUUUUAAAUGUGUAACAAGAGAGCAUGCGAGUUUUGGUACAAACUACAUUCUCAUAAAUGGACCGUUGUGUUGCUUACACUGUAAAAAGUGGAGGAAUCCACAUAAUUCCUUCACGUCGUCCCAACGCAAAUCAAUUAAUGAUUUUUACAGUUUUAAGUUGAGUGAACAUAUAACAACUAAGCCGUCCCCAACAAAAACCUCAAGAACUGUGUUGUUUCGGCUUAUUUUAAUUGGAACUUGACCUUUUUAGCUUUAGUUUUCAGCUCUUAGUAGUUUGAAGAAGCACCAAACUUAACAUUUUUUGAGUGUAUUUACAGUUGAAGUUAGAAUUGUCAGGCUCCUUGAAUUAUUAGUCCCCUGUUUAUUUUUUCCCCAAUUUUUUCAAAACAUAAUAGUUUUUAAUAACUAUUAUUAAUAAUUAUCUUUGCCAUGAUGACAGUAAAUUAUAUUUUACUAGAUAUUUUUCAAGACAUUUCUAGACAGCUUAAAGUGACAUUUAAAGGCUUAACUGGGUAUAUAGGUUAACUAAGCAGGGGUACGUUUCCCAAACAACGACGUAACUUGCAGCUGAACUAUCAUAGUACGAUGCAUCGUUUGGAAAAAGAACUAUGUAGUGAUGAGUGUUUCCCAAAACCCGCAGUUUCUUUAUCCCGGAUCCAUAGCUUGAACCACGUUAGUUAUCUCGUAAAACGCCCA